GAAACAUGUAAACAGACGCGGGAAACGCCAGCUUGAAAAUCACUGUCAGGAGACACACUAGAGUUUAUGGUCAUGACAGACAUUUUAGCACAUGUGUUUAGGACUUUUAUGUCACAAAGCGACCAAAGGAGGGAGCUCGACGUCCCUCCUCUUCCUCCUGAAGCCUGCAGCACAGUGCUAUUGGUCGGAGAGCGGAGCACCAGCCGCUCCGUGCUGCUGCUGGCGGCCGUCACAGCGGCCUCACAGAUGGGCAUGAGAGUCAUGUUCUUCACUCAAACACAGAUCCAAAGCCUGCCAGUGACUCUGCAGAAAUGCGUCCCCAGCCUGAGCCCAGAGAGUCUAAAGAAAAUCAAGUUUUCCUAUCCCAGGACAGUGGAGGAGCUGCUCCAGCAGGUGGCCAGCCUUCACGAGUCCCCCAACACGUCCCCCAUACCUCCCUCACUGAUCAUAGUUGACAGGCUGGAGGGUUUCCUGCGUGCUCCUGCAGGUGACAGCCACAGUGGAUUUCACUCAGGAGAGCAGUCCUGCGCCGCACACCUGUCUGCACUCUUAUGUGACACAGCUGCCUUUCUCACACAAGUCCUGCAGCAAAGGGCGUCAAGCUCGGCCCCUUGCCGUGUCAUCGCCUCUUUUCAGUCAGAGAGGGACACCGGGAAAGAGAGUGGGGGGCCAUCUGCCACAGAUCGCAUCCUUAAUGUCCUCGAUCGCUAUUUCAAGAUACGAUGUACUCUGGACCGAGACAGAAGCUAUGAAGCUGCAGCAGCUGGACUGCAGGAGAUAUGGAACAUUUACCUUUCUGGGACGGGCAUCAGAGAGACCUCUUCCACCAAAAACUGUGAUGACAAGCCACAUGUAGCCCAGGAGUGGCAGCUGUUCAUUUUUCCUGAUGGUUUAAUGGAAUUUAAAUUGAUCUAAAAUUGGCUUGAGAUGUGGCUGGUUAGUUGCUCACUCAUGGAGUUUUGUUCAGAGGGAAUGUUCAUUUUCAGCAACACACAACUUUAGAUUUAAGCAGUUAGUCAUUUCCAGUGAAAAGAAGAUCUGGUGCAGUGUUACAGCCUUCAGUCACUAUUAUACCUCAUUCCUUUGAAUGAAUGACAUUGAGCAGAUCUUUCUUUUAUGAGC